UCUUAACAUCUUUGGCUGCAGCCUCACACAUUUGAUCAAUUGGAGGAAAAAAAACUGUCAAAUCAGGCGAUCCUCUUCCCUCCUCCUCCUAAAUUGUCUGUCUUUGUAGUACCACUAGGCAACAGUGCGUGCAUCAUUGGAACAGUGGAAGUGCGCAGGAACCGCGCAGAGAAUUCGACGGGAAAGAAGGAUCCAAGCAGGCAAACAAAGGAUCAUCUGGUGGAUCUCUACAGCUGAAACAUGACAACACAGCCAACAUUUCUUUAAGAGAUGCCUGAAAAGAGCCUGGCCAUCAGCGUCGAUGCGCGCAGCCAAAAAUGACGACAGUGGGACAGUGAUUUCUUCCUCCAGCUCGUCAUUUUUUACAUACUCAUAUGCUCGGAUGCAACUCUUCUCCUAUGUAUACACAUCACAAAGGAAGGACUGGAAACCAGAUCUCCAACACAAGAGCGCACAGACACGUUUCAUCCUGGAAACCGUUUCCAGCGAUCUAUUACGCAGAGAUUUUUCUGUUUUAUGGGGUCUUAAGGGAUUUUGAACUGAACUUUCGCAUGAGAACUUACUGUGCGAGUACUGUUUUGAACAGGUCGAUACAGCCCCAACCUUCACGGGCGAUGAGUAAUCCACGACGCAGCAACUGAUAAACCUGUAAAACCUGGACUGCUACUGGCGCGUUUGGAUACCUCAUCCUGUGCGUCUUUCUUUUUUCAUUCAUAUGGCUUCUAUCAUCGAGGUUUGUAAAGAACUGAUCCAUUAUUGAUGUUUCAUGGCUGUAAGGUGUAGCAAUAGUAGUGUGUGGCGAAAGAGGACAGUGCAAGACUAACUGGUGGCGAAGACAGCACACUUUUUUAUCGCCUUAUUUCCAAAAGGGGAGACAUUGCGCACGGGCACUGCAGCAACUACAAGCCACGCUGUUUUUAUUUUUCAUCAUUGAAUCCUUCGUUAUUCCUUUCGCUGCUGUCAUCGUAGUAUGUCUGCACUUCGAAAGAAAUUUGGGGACGAUUAUCAGGUAGUGACCACCUCAUCUAGCGGGUCUGGAUUCAACCAGCCUCCCCCGGAGAAAAAGAGGAAGAGGCAGCGCUUCGUGGACAAGAACGGGCGAUGUAACGUCCAGCAUGGGAACCUGGGUGGUGAAACCAGCAGAUACCUCUCAGACUUAUUCACAACACUCGUAGAUUUGAAAUGGCGCUGGAAUCUGUUUAUUUUCAUCCUCACCUACACGGUGGCUUGGCUCUUCAUGGCCUCUAUGUGGUGGUUAAUCGCGUACAUCAGAGGAGACCUCAACAGAGCACACAACGACAAGUACACUCCAUGUGUGGCCAACGUGUACAACUUUCCCUCAGCCUUCCUCUUCUUCAUAGAGACCGAGGCCACCAUAGGGUAUGGGUACAGAUACAUCACAGACAAAUGCCCCGAGGGGAUCAUUCUCUUUCUUUUUCAGUCGAUCCUCGGAUCGAUCGUCGAUGCCUUUCUGAUCGGCUGCAUGUUCAUCAAGAUGUCUCAGCCCAAGAAAAGGGCCGAGACUCUGAUGUUCAGUGAACAUGCGGUGAUCUCUAUGCGAGAUGGAAAACUAACUCUCAUGUUCAGGGUCGGCAACCUGCGUAACAGCCAUAUGGUGUCUGCACAGAUCCGCUGCAAAUUGCUCAAAUCUCGCCAGACGCCCGAGGGCGAGUUUCUUCCGUUGGAUCAGUUGGAGUUGGACGUGGGUUUCAGUACCGGGGCAGACCAGCUCUUCCUCGUCUCACCGCUCACGAUCUGCCAUGUGAUCGACACCAAAAGCCCUUUCUACGAACUCUCCCAGAGGUCCAUGCAAACAGAGCAGUUUGAAAUCGUGGUGAUACUUGAAGGAAUAGUGGAGACGACGGGAAUGACCUGCCAGGCGAGGACGUCGUAUACAGAGGACGAGGUUCUGUGGGGACAUCGCUUCUUCCCUGUCAUCUCCCUGGAGGAAGGCUUCUUUAAGGUGGACUACUCGCAGUUUCACGCCACGUUCGAGGUGCCCACCACUCCGCACAGCGUGAAGGAGCAGGAGGAGGCCCUGUUGCUCUCCUCGCCCCUCAUGGCUCCGUCCCUGUGCAACAGCGGGGAGAAGAACAGCUCCCUGGACUGCCUGGAGACCCUGGAGGACAAUGACAGCACCACCAAGCUGCCCACCAAGCUCCAGAAGAUCACAGGACGGGAAGGCCUGCCCAAGAAGCUUCUCCGGAUGAGCUCGACCACCUCAGAGAUGACUUACAGCUUUGGAGACCUGCCAAUGAAGCUGCAGCGAAUCAGCUCUGUUCCCGGGGUCUCUGAUGAUAAGAUGGCUGGCAAGGCCUCCAAGAUGAGCUCAGAGCCCAUGAGUAAGUCAGUGGCGGACUUACCUCCUAAGCUGCAGCGACUUGCUGGGGGAGGAGGGGGAAGGAUGGACGGACACCUGCCCCCCAAACUCAGAAAGAUGAAUUCAGAUCGCUUUACAUAAAGGCGACAUACUUUAACUAAUGCCAUCCACCUUUACUUCCCCACCUGAAGUCCUUGUACUAUUCCCCCUUUAUUAAUGGACAAUAUUCUUAUAUUAAAAGAAAUGUAGAAUAUGUGCACAAAUACCUUAUAUAAAGUAGGGUGAUGGAAUUGAGCACAUUUGUCCCAGGCUGUAAGUGUAUACAUGCUAUGGCGAAAGAUCUCUGAUAUAUUUUUUAGGAUCAUGUACAAUUAGCACAAUCUGGCAUGUAAGAAACAGCGCAUGUAGAGCAGAAUCUCAAUAAUUUCUGGCAUGACAUUUAUCAAUAUCUUAUUUUACAAAAAAAAACAAUUUCAUUAGUGAAUUUACUGACAGUGGAAAAAUUGCACAAAGCCAUAUGAUUUACAAUGUGGAAAACCUACAUUACACGGUUCUGAUUUGUGGUGAGGAAAGGCACAUACAUUUGUUUUGAGUUGAUUGCUUUUGUUGUUUAAUGUAAAAUUGUGGCAAUGUUCUGUUGAUUGCAUGCUCCUCUUAUUGACUUAGCUAUACAAAGGUAAUAGACAAGAUGUUUAGCCUUAACUAUAUUACCUUGUUUCCAUUUUCAUGUUUGUUCACCGCUGGGUUUUUUGGUAUUUCAUAUAUAGACUAUUUUACCAUGUGCAAUUUUCUGACUUUAUUAGUUGAUCAAGUACAGAAUAUGUUGCAUAUGAUGCAUUUUGUCUUUUGGAGAAUGCAUUAUUGGCAUCAUAUGAGCUGUCUGAACUGGGCACAAUGCUACACAAUUUUCACUUGCUUAUUAAAGUAACACUUAAGUUGAAAGCGUCAAUACUUGUACUUGAUAAGCACAAACAUCCUUCUAUUAUACCCUGUGAUAUUAGAAAGCAUUUAUGGACAUUUUUGUCAUUAAUGACCUGCUUAGGGCUCAGUACUGUGCAAUCACUUUAUGUCAUAAUAAAACCAAUUUAAUCUACGGUAGGCCUUUGUAGUAACACAAAACACACCAUUAGGAUUUCAACUUAGGUGUUACUAGUUAGAUUAGAGGUGGGCCUGUAAGGAAACCAUAACCUUUUGUCUUAAGGGUCCAUAUCCUCCCUCCUCUGUGAUGAAAGCAAUAAUAUUACAAUGAAUAUAAUCUUUAUAUUGCCACAGGGUCUACCACAGCCCCAUAUUCAUUCUGUUUACUGAAUCCAUGCCAUGAAAUCUGGUUUUCUUGAAAUGCUUCAAAGACAUUGUAUGAUACCCAAUCUAUUCAGGAAUAAAGAUCUAACAUACCUGUUUAGAAUCUCGCUACUUUGACUAGACUUAAUGCAUGCUUUACCCAUUAGAUCAAUACAAAAUGAUUAGCAAUGGAGGUGUUAAGAAUGACGGGAGGCCAACAACUCUCUUACCUCACAUAUGUAUAAAAAAGUCCAAGACCAAAUAUCGGGCAAUUGCUAAAGCUAAACAUUUUCAUUCCACUGUGCACGUGUAUAGGCUAACAUUUUUACUUAAUUGGCUAAAAGGAAUAUUGCUUGACCUGAAGGAAUUAGUCAACCUUCAGAGAGCUCGUAUACCAUGUCUGUACUGUAAACAUGUAAAAUGAAUUGUACAUUUUGACAUUCGGAAAGAUUGAUACAUGAAGCCACAGCUAACAAUUAGUCAGCUUAUUUGCCUAGCAUAAAGAUUAGCGUUAGCUAGCUUCAACCUACAGUUUGUUUAACCUCAUUUUUAUGUUAUAUAUUAAAUCACGUUUCAAAUAUCCUGAUAGGUUGGUUUUUAAUUACUUGUAUAGCAAAGUUAGCUUUAUUUAUGCCUGUUUUAAGCGUUUGUGCACUGAGCUAACAAGCUAAAGAUAAACAUACAGACAUGACAGAGCUAGCAUUUUACUUCUUAUGACAAAAUGUGUACUUUUCUUUGUUGGACAGAUACAACAGCACUUCAUACCAGAUGAUACCAUAGUUUUAGUAUUUUUAAGUGUAUUAUUAUGUACUCAGAGAUGUCUCUGAACACUUAUACUAUGCAUUAAAUGAGCUGAAACAGAUUGACUCAGUAAAAAAAGA